AUGAGUGCCGAGAUGAAAAAUGCUUUACAGCUUUUACCCCCGAAACCGUAUACAGAUAUAUUCAUUCGUCAUUUUCUAGAAACCACAAACUACAACUAUUACAUUUUGCACCCGCCAACCUUCUCUCAGGACUACGCGGCAUGGUGGUCCGACAGGGCAAACGGAAAACCACUGGCUCCAGAACUUACAUGUCUUGUUCUGCGAAUUUGUGCACUUUCGACGCUCUAUCUUGAUUUCGAAACUCAGCGAAAGAUCGAGUCUGAAUUAGGCGAACCCAUACAAAGCCUUUCAGAAGGAUACCAUCAUGCAGCCAAAUUGUUGAGCAUCACCAUUGGCCCCGGGAAAGGGGGCCUGACGCAUGUCCAGCAAUUGUUUCUGAUGGCUUCUUGGUUCAAAUCUGAGGGAUUGUUCAUCGAAUCCUGGCAUACUCUGAGUUCUUGUAUACACGAAGCCCAGGAAUUGGGUAUGCAUAAAAGCUCCACAAACGGGUUGUCUGAGUUUGACGUCGAAAUGAGACGACGAGUCUGGUGUCUACUCUAUGUUUGGGACUGGCAAAUGGCUCUUCUCCUUUCCCGCCCACUCAUCAUCAACCAAAGCUCUUUUGCAUUCGAACUGCCAAAUACGCAACUUGAAGGCGGUGAUAGCGAAGAACCCCCAUCGCCUAUCGCGCACAUCACGGCUCAGCUUGCGUUAGGCGAAAUCAUCACAAAAGUCCCGGGCGCAAUAGGAGGUACGAUUGACACGACUCAUGGCGAUAACAUUCGCACCGAAAUACAAAAUUGGCUUGCCUGCCUUCCUCCAGCAUACCGCAAUCCAGACCCAGACACACAAUGGGAUCUAGAAUAUCCAUACGUGGUACUGCAUCGAGCACAACUGAAUGUUGUUGGCUACAUGACCAUGUUUCUGCCGUUCAAAGCCUCUCUAGUCAAGUGUUUUGAUUCCAGCACCGCACCAGAAGAACACGAACAUCGCAGAACUGCGGUCGACAUCGCUCUCGAAUUAAUGAGCGUAUCCCGUCAACUUUUCGAUAUAGUUUUCCCUACCAACGCUAAAUUUCACCUCAUCACAUUUAUACUCCUCGAUACAGCGGCUUUCCUAUGCUCGGCCGUCAUUCAUGACAAAAGCCGCAGUCUUCCAAGAGGCGAAGAAGUUCUCCGGGCUAUUGGACUUGCUUGUUCACUGAUGAAACAACUCGCCGAAUUGACCAAGACAGGUGCAGCAUGUUUUUCAGUUUUGAAGAAGCUUGCUAGAAGCAUACCCCCAUCUUUAAAGCAAAUCAAUCAUCCGGCUGAGACUCCUGGAUUGUUGAAUGCAGAAAGUGGCAUUUUCGGGGAUUUGGACCCGGAGAUGUUUUCCUUCGACGAUUCCAUUUCGAAAUACUCGUGGUCUGAUUCAAAUCCUGACUCGGACGGGGUGUUUAUGCCUGCUUCUUUGGGUUAUUCAGUAUCUGGCAUAGAACCGCCGUCUUUUGCGGGGCUAGGUGAUUUCUCAAAUCUUGAUAUUGGUCAGCUGAAUCAGAUUUGGGAUUGGCAGGAUCUUGACUUGACUUUGUGGCCUAGUGUGCCUGUUUCGUCGGAAAUGCCAUAG